ACCUCUGAUGCAUUCCUUGAAUGUUUCCGUAACAACCUCCUGGAUAUUGGUGUGGACCCACAUCCUUAUGGUACUCACUCCUUCAGACAGGGUGGAUGCCAAUUUUUAUACAAGGUAUGCAGAUGGGACUUCGGGGACAUCUGUGAUUGGGGAGGAUGGGCCAAAAACUUCAACAAUCCAGGUACAAUCUUCAAGUACCUGCUGUCAUGGAAUGACAAUCCUCAUGAGAAGCGAGAGCACUAUAUGAAUCCUAAUAGACCACAGAAGGACCCUUGCCAUGCUUGUGGUAGAACCUGUCAUUGUGCUUGA